GGAUCCGUAUGCUAAGAUGCGUAUAGACUGGUGUCUCGAAAUCUAUUGUAUGAUUAUGGUGCUGAAAUUGCUAUUCUAGCAACAUCAAGAAGGGAUGCUCUUACUCUUAUACACCUACCUCGAACCUCGUCCACACAUACAAACCAUAGACACAAGUAAAGGAAGGAUUCGCCGAAAGUCCAGAACCCUUCGAUCGCGAUCCCAUAUUCCCCAAGCCCUCUCAAACCCUCCUCAUACGUGCAGGCCGAGCUCACCUCACCGCAAUAAUAGCUGCCUUGCGCGCAGCGAUCCUGCGAAACUCCAAAAGAAGGCGCAAAGAACCAGCAGAACGUCAUAUCACGCCCAUCGCGACGCGGUCCAGACCUCCAGCGCCCACCACCUCUGGAUCAACCAUGCCACCGCGCAUCCCUGUAUCUCAUCUCACCGCGUCGGGUUGUGUUGUCGGUAUGGAUUGUGACGUUUUACGAGAGGUGGUGCUGUUGCGCCUCGUUCAGCUGAAACGCGCGCGCCUCCCGCACAGCCCCCGGAGUUGUGAUGUCAUGGACAAGGCUGACGGGGGUAGAUUCUAGACCUUGAGGUGGUUUUGGGGUAUGAGGGUAGGGUUGAAAAGUCUAGAUUUGGGCCUAUU